GGGAGGAGGUGGUAUCCCUGGCGGCGGUGAUGGUGGUGGUCAUAGCAGAGGUUCGUCUGCCGAGGGUCGUGUGACGCUGCGUGCUUGGUUUAGCAUCGCCAGUACGGUGGAAACCUGAGAUGGUUAGCGGCGAUUAGCCCUGGAUGCGUGCCAGUGAGUGCUGCCGUGACACGCUAGUCCAGGGUGCUUGUGGUGGCCCGCGCUGGCUACUGCUGGCCCGUGACUCACCUUGGCCACCCCAGCACUCUGGCCUAAUGCUUAGGCGGGCUGCACAUAACGAUCUCUAUUCGGCAGUGACUCAUGAUGCUUUGCAAGUGUUUCGCCUUGUAGUGAAUGCCAGCAAAGUGUGAAGUAAAUAACUUUUGCUGGUGGCCACGGAAUUGCGUUGGCCACACAGACACUGACUGGCCAUGGUAACUCGGGCUGGCCAGAACCGUCAGUGACAGGUGUGCAUGUUUCCAGCUCAUCACUACCUUAUGAUACUGUGUGGAGAUCUAAGGAGUGCAUGAGAUGGCUGAGGAUGGUGGAGGAGGGCCAUCUGGUGCCCUACCUGACAUGGUGGCUCAGGGUUAUUACCGUUAUGGCUUGCUGGUGGCCACACAUCCCAAGAAAGUCAUCUUCCUCGCCUUCACCUCCUUCCUCAUCCUGUGCACCCCUCUGUGGCACCUGCCUCUCCCUGGUUACCUGCCCCAGGAAUAUGUGACUUCACUUUUCAACUAUAGUGUGCCUCCUCCAGCCCCAGAGGGAGGCAUCCGGCUUGAUCCAUCCCCAACCCCGACCCCUCUUUGGUACCAGGGUCCUCCUCGUGCCUACAUACUUCAGAUUGUGGUGAAAAGUGGGGUGGUGCCAUGGCAGGAAGGCCUCACCAUCAGUGACAGCUAUCGGGGACCACUUUCCUCCGUGUUCCACUUGGCACAGACCAUCAGCAAUUAUCACCUCCAUCACAAUGAGAGUGUGACACUGGGUAGUGAGUGUCUGCUCAUUGAAGGUGUGGUCAAAAAGAUGCAGUCAGCUGGUCAGGUGCUCCCUCACUACAACUGCCUCAUGUUAUCUCCUGCUGAUCUGUGGUCCCGCAACCUACAUUCUUUCCUUCAGGAUCCCAGUGUCCUCCUCACAGUCAACUCUCUCAUGGCUAGCUAUGAAGGGCAGACCAAUGUAGCAGAUAUCCUGUUUGGGGUGCCCUCCCGAGAAAUUGGUUUCAGGAGAAGCAGGAAUCCUGAGCGCGUCAUCACCUAUGCUGCUACGCUGGCACUGAAGCAUUACAACGAGGAGUUUGUGCGUGGCCUGGAGCACGAGUUGACAUCAAGGUAUCCGCUUCACCAACCAGUCCAGCCGGGGCGGGAAGAGAUGACCCAUGUUUACUUUCCUUCCCGCCUCUCACUGUGGGAGUUCCUCCUCAUCAUCUUUUACUGUGUUCUAUUUGUGUCUAUCUACUUUUCCAUUCUGAAGAUGGAUAUGUUCAAGAGCAAGUUGGGGAUGGCCAUCAGUGUACAGGCCACCCUCAUUGCCUCUCUCUGUGUCUCAGUAGGCUGCUGUGCCUAUUUUGGGCUACGACCUCUGCACAGCAAAGGAAAAUUUGUAUAUCCAGUGCUGGCUGGUCUUAUAGGGUUUGAGAAUAGCAUGGCCUUGAUGCGUGCCGUUUUGCAGACCCCAGCUCAUCUCGAUACCAAGAUUAGGGUGGCCCAGGGUCUGGCACGGGAGGGAUGGACGAUCACCAAAUAUUUCCUCACCAUGAUAACUAUUGUCACUGUGUCCUUCUUUCUUUUCAUUCCCUUAGUACAAGAAUUUUGCAUCUAUGGUUCUGUAGUGCUGCUGUGUGACCUUUCCACUCAGCUAAUUUUCUUGACUGCAGUACUAUCCAUUGAUUUGCACCGCUAUCAGGAUUCGGAAGAUCAGCGCAGACCUCCUGUAGUAAACAGUGUGGUGCCCUCUGUCAAUCCACUGUUCCGUUACCAGCCACCUGGCCCUACUUCAGGUCUCAGGAUCCUACCUGGUACCCCUGGUCCAUGUGGAACUUCUGUGCCUAAUUUACAUCGUCGAACUGCCCCAUCAGGGACUUCUGUCGAUUGCAAUGGUCAAGAUCGUGUGGCUCGACCCCAGACUAAGCCCCGGGGACCUGAAACUAUGCCUAAGAGGUUAAGGGUGGCUUACUUUUUGGCUAAAAAGCGCAUGUUUCAACGAAUGUUCAUGUGUGUAUUUGUGGGGUGGAUUGCAUUUAUGGUGUAUAGCUCAGGCCUCAUUGAACACUUCUCUGAGCCAGCUGAGAACCUACGCCACCCAAGGGACCUUCCUUCUGUUAUCUUCUCACUCACCAACAGAAGUACCCAAUUGUACCAACAGUCCUUUCCACCCAGCACUAGCCAGACCCAGCCACCAUCCAGCCCUGCCUCACAGCCUUCAACACCUCCCUCAUCAACAUCAAAUGGUAGUGCGGCAGGCCAGGACAAUGGCCUCAAGCUCUUGAAGCACCGCACCCGCUCACUGCUGCGCCGCCUUCCACACUCUCACUGGCCAACCCUGUUUAGUUAUUACAACAUGAGCAUUACUGGUCACUACCUCAGUUUUUUACCUCCCAUCUUACUGUCUCUUCCUGUCACCCCAGAGGAAGCACAGGAAGUACACAAUCCCACUGAUCCUAACCGAAGUCCCUGGAUGCUGCAGCAUGAGAGCUCAGAGGAAGAUGAGGAUGAAGCUUCUUGGCAGGGAGAGUCAGCCUUUGUGCCGUCAUCCACCGGGGAGCUGCUGGUGACUGCUGUGUUAGUGAUUCCAGCACUUCUGGUUUUGGUGUAUGCCAUGGUUGCCUUCUAUCAUUGUGUCUGCUCCAGGAACUAUGCUGAAUGGCGGGCCUCCUGGUGGGGCCAGGAAGGCCACCGGGAUGAGUCAUCACAGAUCAUUGGUGAUGCCUUGCCACUGGUGCUAGCUGGCCACCCGUAUGAUGUGGAAUGCAUGUGUACAGACGGGCAGGUGUUGGUGUCAUCCUGUCUGGCAGGUGUCAUCCGGGUGUGGGAUCCCAGCACUGGGGAGUGUCUUGCCAGUAUCAACCGACACAGCCAACCUAAGCCUGGGCAACGUGAGGGUUCUCCAGAUGAGGGAGAGGAGGUUCAUUCUGAUUAUGAGUCUGGCUCGCCUCGUUCACAGCCAGGUGACUGCAGCUACAUGCAGAGAGCCAGUGUUGACAAUGAAAGGAGUAGUGUCAGCUUGUGCAGCUGUGGGCCACUGGGAGAGGAGGAGGAUAGUGAUCAAGAAGCUUCAGACAUGCAAGAAAUGACUAAAAGUCAGUCCAGUGGUCUCUUCCAUGCCUUCCCUGAUCUCACUCCAGCUAUUGACCUUCACUUCCAUCGAAGCAGUCCAGCAACUGAUUCCCCUGGCAGUAGUCCCUUCAGCCACUUUGAGAAGUUCUACCAAGAGCACCGCAAGGUGUUGCGUGAAGAGGAGGAACACAGGCAAAGGUGUGCUAGGAAGACUUCAGACUGUGGAGAGCAGCCAGGGCGUUGCCUUUUGCCCCACUCCACCUCUUCUACUGAGCAUUUAGGAACUGGCAGAGAUGGCAGAAACUUAAGUUCAGGCAGCAUCUCUGCACAAGCUCUCCUUGGACAAGUGUCUCUAGAGUGGGAGGAGGUGCCUCCAAUUUGGUGCCUGGAGUGCCAGAAUGCAUUGGUAUUGGUUGGUUGUGGCUCAGGCAGGGUGGAAGUCUGGGAUAUGUACAGCUGCUUGCUCAAGUGUGUAUAUGAAGAUAGGGCCAGGGCUGGUGGUGUCACCUCCAUGCGGAUGUCUGGGAACCGUGUGAUGGUAGCACGGCUGUCUGGUGUUGUAGACAUGCUGCAGCUUGAGGCCACAACUACUGUCACACCUUCAGGCACUCCCACUGCAGCUCCCACUGCAUCACCACUGCACCACCAACAUUUUGAUAAUGUUCCUCACCAGUUCCGGCAGUCGCUGCGGCCAGGCCACAGUCGUGGUGGCAGUGGUAGCGGCUGGACCUUUAGUUAUGAUGAGCCACUGCGGCUUGUGCGGUAUGCAGGCAUGCGAGCACACCAGCAACCCAUCACUGUUAUGACAUGUGACCGCACUCGUCUCAUCACUGGAGCCCAUGACCAUACUCUCAAGGUGUUUAGUAUGGUUGACGGCAGUGCGUUGUUCACCUUACAUGGCCAUUGUGGUCCCAUCACGUCUGUUUUUGUGGACGGGGGCAGCCUUGAGGCACUGGGCAGCGAGGUGGAGGUGGCUGUGGACCUUGGUGUGGGAGCCAUCAUUGGUAGUGGUUCCCAGGAUGGCAUGUUGUGUGUUUGGGAUGUUGUGACAGGGGCUUGUGUGUACAGUGUUCAGGCACAUCAUGGGGCCAUUACCACCCUAACCUGCACUACCAGUUACAUUCUUUCCUUAGGAGAGGAUGACAAACUGUGUGUGUGGGAACGCUUCCAAGGUCACCUUCUAAACACCCUCCAGAUGACACAGAUGUACUGCACCAGUAUGGUCAUGCUCACCAACAAGCUUCUCAUCACUAGCAGACAGGGUUCCUUAACAGUAUGGGACAUAACUUCGGGUACACCAGUGCGUGUUGUCCGUUUGGGUGACCGUGAUGAAAGUGUCUUCAUCCGCCACUUGAUGCCUGUGGCAGACACCAUCGUUUGUGACUAUGGGAACCAACUACGUGUUGUGAGGCUGCCGGUGGCUGAGAAGUAUGACUGAGGAAGCCAUUGUGUGAGCUAGGCAGCCAAGGACAUCAAGCUUUUAGUGAGGUGGGCAGGGCAAUCCACAAGCUGUCACUAACUCUCACUUCACUGCUUGUAUAGUAUUUAUUAUUUGUGUAUUUGUAUUUACAGGUGAGCUAUUUACAGUAACUUUUCAAGCAACGAACCAUGCCCAGCAUAUAGUAUUCUACCAGUUGAGUGUAGGACCACUGCCACAAGUUUUCAUGCCAUAUAAUGUUAAAGUAACAGAAGUAUUUUACCACAAUGAUGCUCCAUUAAUGUUAUAAUAAUGCUAAUUGAUAUUAUUGCAUCAUAUUUAAGCUAUGAAAUUGAACUGACAGAUUUAUAAAGUAGGAUCCGGUGUUCUCACAGCAUGCAUGACCAACUACUGUUGUAGAGAAGUCCGUAGUGUGACGACUGGGAGUCAUGGAGCACACUAGUAGCAUGUGUUAUGAAAUAAUUGUCUAUAUACAAGAUUUUACAUUUUAUGUACAAGACGUGGGGAUCUAACAAUUUUACCUAAUUAAAUCUACCUUUUUUCUAUAGUGUGUGGUUUUUAAGGUAGACACUGAAUAAAUCAGUUAUAUUUAAUAUAUAGAAUACUCUGCUGUCAUGAAAUUAUUCUGCUUGAAGAGAAAACAUGUGAAAAGCAGAGUGAUUGAGAUGGGAAAGCAUUUCCAUAAACAGAACAAAGAAGGAACAGCAAGAAGCAGUUAUAUUAAUGAGGGAAGCUGCAGAUGGUGCUGUCAUGAAACAGAAACUUGCCUAUUCUUAUUAAUAAGCCUUAAAAUGUUAAACAGUGGAACUUUGAUUCUUGAACUUAAUUAAUUCAUGAAUGCCUUUCAAAAUCCAAAAAUGCCCAGAAAUUGAAAUUAUUUUCCCAAAGGAAUCACUGUAAAAUGGAUUAAUCUAUUCUCGUACACCCAGGCACCUUGUCUUAGCAGCUGAUAACCAAUACUCCUACUGUCAAGAUGGCAGCUCUGCACUUCCAGCAUAGAAAUUAUUCAUCCAGAGAGGACAAUGAAUUAACUUAGUGGCACAGAAUUCGUUUAAUGAUUUUUUUCAAACUAGAUAUUUUCCUUGUCAUUAACAUUGUGAGGGAAUCCUUAUAGAGUAACACAGGGAGGAGCAUCCAACUUACUGCCAAAAUCAAUGUUAUAAUAUUUAUCUUGCUGCUUGGAAAACCUACUGAAAAAAUUCACUUUUUGCAGCAGUGAUGACUUGAUAUUACUUCUGUGUCAGGAAAACUGUUUGUUUACAUUGAGACUUUUCAACAGGAUUGCAUUUACCUUAUUUCAAAGAUUGAAUUAUUGUCUUACAUAUUGUUUCUCCUCCAAAUACACAAAAAUUAUGGAAAUAUGAUAAUAAAUGACAACUUUUGCUUUGUCUUUUUGUAUUUGAAAUCAAGUAACUUUGAGAACCAAAUUACGGUAUGGCAACUAAAGCAAUUGUGAAUCCAAAUUUUUUUUAAAAAAUGGUUUUGAAAAAGGAGGCAUUCAGUAACUGAGGUUCCACUGUGUAACUAUAGAUAUCAAAAUAUGAUUCUCUUACAGUGUAAGCUUCUUAGUCCCAUAUCAGAUAUAAACAGAUGUAUAGGGCAAGCAGUUUAAUGGAAAAUACAGCUUUGAGAGAUACUCAAGUAUAUUACAAUUAUUAGACAUGAAAUUAAUUCUUAUUAAGGCAUACAUUGUUCUUGUACCUGAAGAUUUUGAGAGCAUGUUUGAGUAAAAUCAUGUGGUUCACAAGGUUUACUGACCCAGUACUGCUACUGUGGUCCUAGGUGACUAGUAUUAGAGGUUAAUUAAUUGCUGUGUCAGCAAGAGCAAAAUUCAUAUCACAAUGAAUCAUUUAGAAUAAUGCAAAGAAUAUAUUAGAUCUCACUUGUAACGGGCAAGGAAAUUAUACACAAGAUCUCAUCCUUUACUGCAUCAGUAGAUGAUUCCUAAACAUUCUUCAGUCUGUCUUUAUCAGUAAAGUGCUGUGCCCUCCAGAAUCUCCCUCCAGUUGGGUGGUUAAAGCAGGGAAAUCUACAGCUGUCCCAUUCAAAUUGCAGUCCUUAUAUUCCUUUCUUUGUUUUACUUCUUAAAUUACUUGAGGCUGUAUGUAAUCCUUCAUAUUUAGUUAGCAGCUUUAGAAUGGUACCUGAGAAUGAGUAGCACAGCCACGGUGCAGUUUCAAGAAAAAGCUGAAAAAAAUAACCAAAAAUGGGUGUGGGAGAAAGCAGAUUUAUUGUUAUAAAGUUAAUUUGAUUGAUUAAUCUCUGUGUGUGUGUGUGUGUGUGUGUGUGUGUGUGUGUGUGUGUGUGUGUGUGUGUGUGUGUGUGUGAGAGAGAGAGAGAGAGAGAGAGAGAGAGAGAGAGAGAAUAUCAAGCAGAAUAUGAAUGCACAAGACAUUUUGAAAAUAGAUGUAAAACAGGGAAUUGAGCAAUUUGUUAACCACUGCAGGUUCUUCUUGGAUGACAAACAUUAUUAUUGCAAGCUGUCUUUAAAAGUAUUCUUGAGAUUCCUUUAAUAUUAUCUUAGCUAGAGUUCAGGUCAAUAUAUCUUUAUGUUGAAAUGGAGAAAAGAUAAUACCCUGUUUAGAAGCGUCCUUUUCCAUCAACCUGAUAUCAUUGGAAAUGUAUAGUAUUUUAAAAACAUGCAUACAGUGUCUACUAAAUCAGUACAGUAUAAGAAGAAAGUGUGUAAUUUGUUAUGUCAUUAGAUUGUAUAUCUUUUGUAUUUGCUAGACCUCUAAGUGAUUUUGUAUAAAAUAUGAUGAAAUAAUUUCACUACUUUAUAAAGAAAAAAAUGUAGAUUCAUUUAGCACUUUGGCAAGCAGAGUACAGCAACAUCAAUACUUGGCAGGAACUUCAACUAGUCAGGCACACCUUUAAUAUGCAUAGAGAUCUCUGUUCAUUUGUUGAUGCCUUUGCUGCAGAGUCAGUUAGCCAUGCUUUGAAAACUAGUGCUAUCUAUGAAGGCAAAAGUAACACCACCAUGAAAAAAACAAAUAGAAACUGACACACUAUGUGAACAGCUUGAUGAAAAGGAAAACUACAUAGGAAUCAUGAAUCACAAAGUUUUAGAACCUUAAAAUCUUUAUUUUAUUUUAGAGGAUUUAACCUAUUGUAGAAUGUGGAAGAUAAGAUUAUUUGCAAUGUGUAUAACUUGAGAAAAAGUGUUGAGGUAUCACAGGUACCACAAAGUAGUGUAUAUAUCACAUUUUAGAUAUUAAAAAAUGCACUGUAGGUAUAGUAGAAAAUAAAAAGGCCAUAUCAGCUUCUUAACUGUACAAGUGUUGUGUACAGUGGGAGGGACUCAGGCAAGAGUAUGACAAUGUAAUCUUACCUGGCCAUUGCAUGGAUACUUGUACUGUUUUCUUUCAAACAUGGAAUUGCUCUCUAGUCACAGACCAGUUACCCAGUGAUAGAGGCCAUUGUUUUGUGUCAAGGCCCAAGUGUGAUGAAUGGCUCAUCAAGAGGGAUUGAGUGUUCAUACCAUAAGACUUCUCAUUAUCAUCACCAUCAUCAUCAUCAUCAUCAUCAUCAUCAUCAUCAUCAUCAUCAUCAUCAUCAUCAUCAUCACCACCACCACCACCACCACCACCACCACCACCACCACCACCACCACCACCACCACCACCACCAGUAACAAAAUCAUCAUCAUCUCGUACCACACAAAUUGAGUUUAAGAGAGAACGGCUCCUGAAUCAGUUGAAGGAUAAAAUGCUCUCUGAAAUAGGUAACACUUAUCACACACUGAAAGUCAGACUCUUCAUUGUUAUAAGCGAUGGAAUUUGUAAUGUAAAAGCCUUCAUCUUGAGCAGUAUUUUAGAAAAGAGGAAGGCAUUUUUCUAGAUGAAGACUAGCUCAGAAAUGUCAUUUCUCGGAAAAAAAGAAAAAAACAUUAGCAUCAUGAGAUUAUUUAUCAAUUGCAUUAAGUGGCAAUUAUUGAAAGAGUUAGGAAAUCAGCAACCUCUUCCUAUGAAUAUCAUGAGCUGGUAAUUUUGUCAUCCAUCCUGUUUCUUAUAUAUACAAAAAAAAAUUUGUGUGUGUGUGUGUGUGUGUGUGUGUGUGUGUGUGUGUGUGUGUGUGUGUGUGUGUGUAAAGAGAUAUAAUUAGUCUGCUAAAAUGAGACAAAAAAAAUGUCAAAAGAGAAUGUAUCAGAUCAGAAGGACAGAAAUUUUCAGCUUCAGAUUGAAAACUAAUGGGGUGAAUAUGUGUGCAGAUUUAGUCUUUCAUGCCAAAUGCUACAUGAUCACUUGCUUAGCUCUCUUGCAACCCACCACUCAUUUCUGUGUCAAGGCAUCACACAACUAUAAAGUUCAUUAUUUUAAUAUAUAUAUAUAAAGAAAAUUAUUUUCAGUAACAAAUAUAGCAGUAGGUGAAGAUUGGAUGUUCUGUGAUUUGUCCUGUCUUUACAGUGUUGCAUUUCAUGUAUAUAUAUAUCUAUAUAUAUAUAAACCAAAAGAUGCCUUAAUCUUUCUUUAAUAUUCUCACUGCUAAUCCUUUUAAGCCUUUAGGUAGUGAGCAGGGAAGCCAACUAUGUCCUGCCCUGUUCUGUGAGCCAUAUGCUACUUGUUGGCAGCCCAUCAUCACUACUGGACUGACCAAACUCUGGGACAGAUGCACAUUUCAUCUCUACUCUACUAUAGAGACCUAUAUUUUGUAUUACUAUUUCUUGAGGCUCCAGAGUGUAUGAAACCUGUGUCCCUUUAAGAGAUGAAAAGAGAACAAUUUUAAACAGCAAUGCAAGAUUAUUCAGAAUGUUCACACUGAUGGCUGUGAAAGCUUCUGUACAAGUUGCCAAUAUUUUUUUGUAAGUGAAAAUGUUUGCUGUAAUGUGCUUCAUAUUGUUCAAUGUCAAAUGUUUCCUCUAUUUUGAAGUACGAUUUUGUGAGAGGAAGUCAUCUCAAGCUAGAGUUUGUAAAUAGUCAGGAAAUUAGAUUAGUAAAGGUUUUGUAUGAAA